AUGGAACCCAAGCCAAAGUUACUUGCCACUGCAAGUUGCGAAGGUCAAGGAGUUCAGGCUGAGAGCAUGAUGUUAGACAGACUUAGUCAUCUUCCAGACGAAGUUACCCAUCACAUUCUUUCCUUCCUUGACCUAACAGACGCAAUUCGUGUUGGCUGUGUGUCCAAAAGAUGCAGAGAAUUUUCUCUCUCAACUCAGUCACUGAAGUUUGAUCUUGAGGAACUUUCGGAUAUGAACAUAUCCACCUGUAGUAAGCGGUUGGAGUUGAUGAGUCCUUUUGGACAGGUUCCUGUCUCAUUGCGAGGAUAA